CAUUUACCGCGCACAUGGUGGUAAAUUUUUUAUUGAACAAAAAUUUCUAUCCUAUUUUCGUAUUGUGCUAAACUUAAUUUUCAUUUAAUUAAUUAAAAUAAAACAAACUUAAAAAAUGACUUCCUUAAGUCAACAAUUAAGAAGACUUGCCGUCCCCCAGACAUCAAAUCUAGUAGAUUUGAAAAAGCGACCAUCUAUCUUAUUCGAGCCGGACGUAGCCGCUACCAAAGACAAGAAAACUAUCUACGACUUGGGUUGCCAGGGAAUCUCCGAAUUAAUUGCAUUAAAUAGUGCUUUCAAACAAUUCGAAGACACUCUAUUCGAACAGACUUCACUGAAUGUCGAACGUGCUGUUGAAGAUCCAGCUUUCAAUGUUAAAUUGAAUAGAAAUAUAAAAAAGUUUUUCCAUCAUUUAUCGCCGUAUUUUAUGCUCCGUUCAUCACACCUCUGUCUCGAAUGGUUGAUCAGAAGAUACAUGGUUCACGAGUACAACAAAGAUGAUUUUGUUGCUCUCAUUAUUCCAUACCACGAGACAAAUAUCUUUGUCAAGUGUGUACAAAUUAUGAAGAUUAAAACUCCCUCAGACCCUUGGCAUUUUUUGUAUCCACUUCAAAGACCUGGAGUACCACUUCCAAAAAGUACAAUAUUUACCAGGGCUGGGGUUGAACCAAGUUUCCUUAAGUUUGUCUGCAAUAAUGUUGUAGAUGCGACUAAGGAACUUGGCAAUAGAGCGCCAACUUUGCAAUGCCUGAUUAACUUUUAUUGCUCGGUUGUAAUUGGGGCUCUUGAGAGUCGCAAACGGGUUGAGGAAUGGCAUAUAACAAGUAUAUUGCCGUCUUUAAUCAGAGGCAUGAAGUCUGGAGUCACAGACUUUAUCUCUGCGAGUUUUAUGAUUACAACUCAACUCGUCAAUAAAACCCAUUUAACCCCAAAGCUUCUUAACCAGUUAAUUAUUCAUAUUUGGAAAGUUGAUUGUGAAGCAUUACAAAAUACAUCGAUUUUGCUUUUAAAUUGGAUUGCAAAGACCCACGUGGAUGUCUUGACUCAUUUCCCGCAGACAGGGUUUUUAGAAUUUAUCGAAAAGAAAUGGGUGAAUAAUACAAUCAACACUCUAAGUCGAGAAGGCAUUUCAAUGCUUUAUCUUACGAUUCCUUUAAUCAAUACUGCUUUUCAAAUUUUGCAAAAUGAUAUAGCCAAUGCAGAUACAUGCAAACAAUAUAUUGAGAAUUUGUUGUAUGAGGUUCAAUUUACGAAUCAAUCGGCUAGGAAGAUUAUUAAAUGCAUUUUAAUGGGACUUUCAGUAAAGAAGUCAGAUGAUAAGAAAGCACUUAAAGAUGGAGAUGUUAUUGAUUUGGAAUCUGACGAUGAGAUGCCGUCGCAGGAGAAUGUUAUGCGAUGGUUUACUAAAAUCUUGGGAAUCUUGGAACGUCAAUAUCCAAACGAUAUGGAUGUAGUUAUUAAAAAAGCAAUGGAAGAUGGGAGUGGAGCUAAAUCAAAGAACGCAAUUCAAGCUGUUCUGGCUCUACGUUAUAAAUUCCUCAAUGAAAACACAUCAUCAAUAUUUGAAAAUAUUUACCACAACAAUCCUAAAAUUCGAGCCAUUUCUAUUAAAGAAAUUGUCAGCCAAAUAAACAAAAAGAAAUAUGACCCUCAGAACUACAAUCUCUUAAAAGAGGUCCUAGCUGAUCGCAUCAAUGACGACAGUGAAAAAGUUGUAGAAGAGAUUCUUAAAAUACCCACCAAUGUAUGUGUAGACAUUCUUGGAAUUCAAACGUUUGUUGACAAUAUCAUUAAAAUACUUGACAAAGCAACAACCAAUCCCGAUAAUUGGGCAUAUCUUCAAACUCCAGCAUUACUUCAUUUAACAUCGAAAACUUUAGUUGAAAACUUUGACACAAAUGUAAUUCUUCUAGCCGUUACAAGAUUUCUAAUUCCAAUUAAAAUUAACCAAGAAAAUUCCAAUUACAUCAAAUUAAUCCUAAGAAGUUCAUUGGCUGAUAAAAAACCAUUUUUCCGAACUCUAAUUGAACGAAAAAAUGACAUAAAAUUCGAUUUGGUUAAUUUCAAACAAGAUUUUCUAAAUGUUUUAUCAUUAUCAAAUGAUACACCUCGGGCCGAAGACUUGGUCGAAUCUAUGGAAAAGAAUGGAGAAAACUAUAUUAAAACACCAGCUCAAAUGUCUCAUUUUCUUAUUAUAGUCACAGCAUGUUUCAAAACGAAGAAUGAUAUAGAAAAUGCCUUCAAAAUUUAUGAUUUCACAAUGAAGCAAUGUCUCCAAUUCAGAAUUGCACUCUCAACAGAUAAAGAGCAAAACCUCUUCAAUAACGUUCCGUUGCAAAAUUUUACCGAAUUCCUCGAUAGCAUUGUUCGAGGUACAAAUUUUGAGAACUUACACGAUUGGAAAUCCGAUUCAAAAUCAUUGCAAUUGUUCUUGAGCAUUUUUAGUGUCUUAACCACAAAAGGAUUUUCACCAAAAUUGGAUAAAAAUGAAAAGCUUGAAUGGACCAAGAGCUUAAGGAAUAUUUUCCAUUCACUUUUUCCAACAACUAAACAAAAACUAAGCUUCUUGUCUCAGUUUUUAAUAUACGAGACCCUAAAUGGCGUUGAAAACUACACUGAAACUCGCAUCCGAGCUCUGCGAUUGCUUGAAGUUGUUCUGAGAGGAGGACAUGUUGAAGGAAACGACAUAGAUCUGCGUUUCAUUCUGAAGACUAUUGUGGCAUUAAGUAGUCCAUUAGCAACAGUUCGUGAAUGUGCAGUGGACAUUCUGCAAGCAGCAAAGGGUUUCAAUGAAAAUCUCUCAAAUUUAAUUGGAAACAUUAUUGAACGCAAUGAAGAGAUUCACUUUGAUGCCGAACAAAUUCCCUUGAUUCUCUUUACAAUUCUUACCAGUAAGCGUAACACAUCAGAUAAUGCAUUGAUUAACGACAUUUUGAACAUUAUUGACGAUCCAGCUGAAUAUAUUGAAUUCAAGUCUAAAGUCUUUGAAAUUCUCAAGCACAUCAAAAGUGUAGACAUUUUGAAUUCCAUGAUUCCUGCAGCCUUAUCGUCAUUGGAUAACAUUCAAACAGUUGGCAAUAUCAAGAUCCUUGAUGAAGCUACCGCUAACAUCUUUAGAUCAGUUAUAAUACGAUUUGAUGAGAAAUGUAUACGCGAAGUGAUAACAGCAAAUCCAAAAGCAUGGCAACUAAUCGAGCGUUCCAUUAAAAUGACUAAAGUCUUUUUGAACUUGAACGGAAAGCUGACUCCAGUGCCUUCUAUAACAUUGCAAAUCCUAGAAGAAGAAAACUACAAUCAAUUGCCUAAUGAAUACAAAAUUAAACUUUUAAAACUUAUUAUCGAGACCAUAUCACUUUCGGACAAUGAUACUCUCUUUUUGGAUGUAAACAAAGCUCUCAAAAAGUGCACUCUGGAUUGCAAACAUGUUUUGCCACUUCUCGAGGCUAUGAUCAAUAAUAAAAAUGAAAAUGAGGAACUACAAAAGAAAAAAAGACCAGUAUCUAGGGCAACUGCAGCACUCGACAACAGCCUAUUGAACUCCAAUCAUUGGAAGGAGGGUAUAGUGCUUUUGGAAAUUCUGGAAAAUAAAAAGAAACUUCAAAAUACACAAGUCUUGAUUCCAGUUCUAUUUGAUACUCUUAAACGAUGCCUGGAUAUGGAAAUCCAAUCAACAGCUGAAUACUCGAAACAACUUAUUCUUUCAGCUCUUUUGCACUGCUGCCAAAAGUCUAAAGCAGAAAAUCUCCUAAAUACAAUUUCUGAAAGCACAUUCAGAAUUGAUUUGAUUGUACAAUGCAUUCGAGUGACACAAAAUCCACAAACCCACUAUAAUGCCCUGCUGUUUCUUUCCCACUGUGCUAUCCUCUUCCCACAACAAGUAUUGCAUAACUUAGUCGAUAUCUUUACCUUCAUGGGAUCUUCAAUUACUAGACACGAUGAUGCAUUCAGUUUCCAAAUUAUAUCGAAUAUUGUCGAAUCAAUCAUACCGAUUCUGGUGGGAGACAACAAGUCCAAGGUUGAUAAAAAUAAACGGGUUGUCCCUGUUUUGAAAAUUUUCUCUGAUAUUCUAUUAGAUGUCCCAGAACACCGAAGGACACCCCUCUACACCAAACUACUAUCAAUUUUGGGUGCUGAAGAAUAUUUCUGGCUAUUCCUUUGUGUUGUCUUUGAAUCCCAUGUCAUUAGUGAAGCAAAGAACAAGUCGAACAAGUCCACUUCGGCUGGAGAGAAACUUCCAAAGCGAAUAGAAGUAGUUUUGAAAUUAUUAAAUGAAUUCAGCACAACUGUAUCCAUUAAAACCUGUAUUUCACUGCUGGAUUAUGUGAAAAGGCUUCCAAUGGAUAAAGAUAAAGAAGGUACCACAACCGUACAAUCAACUUUAGAAGACAACGAUUUGUUUAAUGUGAAAACAAGAGAUGCCAAGCAACUUCGACACUACAAAUAUUUGAUUCUCCAGUUUGUGUCCACAUUUACUUCGUCAGUUGACUUUUUAACAGCCAUUUCCAUUCUUACUGAAGACGAAAUCAGACAAAACAAAUCCCUCUAUCAACAUUUAAUUAUAAAAACUUUGAGUUAUAUUCCAGAUGUGACUCAGGCUAUUGAGAAAAGCAAAGACAAUACUCAAGUUAAGUUUUGGAAAGUCAUUCUACACCAUUGUUACGAUGCUUUGGAUAAUAUAAUCUCGCUACUAUCGCCAGAUAUGUUCUUAAUUGCUGUUUUCAAUUUAAUGCAACACAAAAUGCUAACCAUACGCAAGAAAGUUAUUGAACUUCUUAUUGGCAAAUUACAAAAGAAUAGUAAUUAUUUCAUAGAUUGUGUCGACGAAAAUGUACUGAAUGUAUUAAACUCUUUAUGCGAAGCAAUUGGAGCUAUAGCUCCCAAAGAUCUUAGCAAGAACUCACCAGCACCGGUUGGAAAUGAAACCAUUUUGGUGCAACAAGUUGCAUUGAUUGCAAUCAAAUUACUUUCCAAAAUGUUUGCCCUAAAGCACAAGGAACAAUUUAAGAAUAUUUUAGAACACUUGACUGAAAUUACCAAGAAACGUGCUCGCUUGUCGAAGGUUAUUAUAGCAACGGUAAUUUUAACUCUUGUUGAGGUAAUUUCAAAUUUGAAAGUACAUGGAGUUGUACAUCUGCCGAAGUUUAUGCCGCAUGUGGUUGAUGCGUUACAAGAUCAAUCAAGUAUUUUGCAAAAUCAAGCACCGGAUAAUGUUUGUAUUGCAUUGAUAACGGGUGUUCAAAAGCUAUUUGAAGCAAUGCCCUUGUUCUUGGGCCCGUAUGUUGUUGGGAUAGUGAGUGCAUUGAGUACGAUUUGGUUCCGGACAAAACAGGGAGAUAAUGAGCAAGAGCAAAAGAGAUUGGCUACCAUUAGUAAGCUUGAAUCAAUUUGGAAGAAGAUUGCAACUGAAGUACCGGCACGGAUUUUAAUACCAAACUGUGAGAAGGCAUAUUACUCACUCAUGAGUGAGGGAAAUUUCCCGAGUAUAAGUUAUCUGAUGAAGCUUUUCUUUGAGUGUGUUUCGAAUGCAAGUAAUUCGGAUUUGUCGGCUGUUCAACUAGAACUUACUAAUUUCUUCUUGAAAUGUUUGGAAUUCCGUGCGCAGAUGAGUAGUUCUGGCGGCUCUACAAGCAUGGAUGACAUCUGUACGACUGAAAUGGAAAUAAUAAAUGCAUUUGUUGCAUGGAUAUUGAAACUUUCUGAAAGUUCCUUCAGACCGGUGUACAAGAAAGUCUACGAUUGGGGCUUUGAGAAAGACGGUCCUAAAGAAAGAGUUCUUACAUAUUUCAUUCUGAAUAAGUGUAUAUCGGAUUCGUUGAAAUCAUUAUUUGUCUUGUUUUCAUCUGAUUUCAUACAAGAUGCAGCACAACUUUUAAGUACUUGCAACACUUCGAAAAGUCCCGUGUUAUACUUUGAAAACUCUGAUCAACUCAAUGUUGAAUUGUUGAAAAAUAUUCUUAGUACAUUGGGUAACAUUUUCCUGUAUGACACCAAGGGUUUUUCAAAUUCUCAUCGUUUUGAUAUUCUUAUGCAGCCUAUUGUUGAUCAAAUGGAAAAUAAAUUGAUUCUUGAGAAUGAAGAACUUCAACAGAUUCUUUUGUUGUGCACUGGACAACUUGCUGUUGCUGUGUCGAGUGAUGUUUUAUGGAAGCAAUUGCAUUAUCAAAUUUUAUUAAAAACUAGAUCGAAUGUCCCUGAAGUGAGGAUAUUAGCGUUUAAUUGUUGUGUGGAGCUGGCUAGGAAACUUGGCGAUGAUUUUACAUCACUUUUGCCCGAAACGGUGCCAUUUGUUGCGGAACUGUUUGAAGAUGAAAAUGCGCUUGUUGUGAAGAAUUCAAGAAGAGCCGUUCAAGAAUUGGAAACUAUUCUUGGUGAAUCGUUACAAAAAUAUUUGUAGAGUUUUUAUCUUAAAAUAGUUUAUAGCCUGUCUAAGAUAACAAUAAAGCUGUCAUGUUGAUUCACACA